GAUAUGGGGACGAGGGGAGCGGAGGUUUGAAAUGUGAGGGAGAAGCAAAAGCCCAGAUAAAAAAUAAUAUCGGUUUUGUUUUGCGUCUUCCGUUUACGAUUUGGGGUGAGCGGCAGUUUGGAGUGGGUUCUUGCAGCGGCGCGGCAGAGAGGUGUGUUGUGCGGCCGUGCUAGGAAUUAUCCUGUUCCUUCAGUGCUCGCGUCCUGAUGCGUUUUCUCCGACGAUGAUUUCGUCGUGGCUACCUGCAUGUGCUGCUGCUAGUACGCGGAGCGCUUUGAUUCGGCGGAGGCGUUGCUUCGGUUUUGGUUUCUUUCGCCCAAGAUUUCAGCUUUAGCAGCCGCAGCCUUUUCUCCUCGGCCGAUUCCAGCCUUGGCCCGGCUAUCCCCCCUUCAAAAUCGCGCAUAGGGUGGGGGUUUUACUCGGCCCCUUGCUGCGGGCAGCGCAGAAAUUUUUCCUCGGGCGUUCGAUUGUCGCUUAGUUGAGCUUCAGAACCUGAUUAUUUUUGAGAGAUUUCUGGAGGAAUUUUGACUCUUGUCGUGGAAUUUGGGGUUUGGCGGGUUGCCAGUUUUCAGCCCUUGGCGAGUUAGAGGCUAUUGCCUCUGAAGUUAUCGCCUGUUUUGAUGCGAAUUGGGGAAAUUUCUGGUCCCUGUGCUGUUCGGCUAUUGGAUUUGGCGAGCUGGUGUUUGAGCCCUGGUAUAAAUCACCGGUCUGUGCUGGUGGCCUUUUGAUUUCCCGGUGGUGAUGCUCUCUGCCGCCGCUGUGAUGGCGCCGGCAGCAGCCACGCAGAAGAGCUCCCUUGAGGUCUUGCUUGAGACGCUAAAGAAGCGCGAUGAGCAGCCCAAGGAUGCGCCUCCAACAUUGCCAGCCCGGCCCAUGUGCCGUGGCCGUCUGCCCACCACCAGGCGGCCAUCACUGCCUGCUGGCUUUAAGCUCGAGAAUGGCAUGGUAACAGUUCCUGCCACAGAAGCUGCAGCGGUUGACAAGAAGGCAGAUGCCAAGGAGAUUACUGGGUUGGAGGUCAAGGAGGAAAAGGCAGUGAAAGGAUGCAUCUUUGGGACUAAGAGGAAGUUCCCUAGCACACAAGUGCUGGAGGAGUCGCCAUAUGUUGAUGAACUUCAUGAGGAGAGGAAGCGUACAACAGUUUGUAAAGAGCCCCCUUCUAUUUCCCCGGCAACAAUAAAUAUGAACGGGAAGCCAGCAUGUACAGAUAUCAUGGACUAUGUUCUCCAGAAGAAGCUACGAGUUUGGUGUUCUUCAUCAAAUGCAAAGUGGGAACUUGGACAGAUCCAAUCAAUAUCUGGAGAUGAUGCUGAAAUACUCCUGGCUAAUGGAAAAGUUUUGACGGUGUCACCAGAACAACUCUUGCCUGCCAACCCUGAUAUCCUCGAUGGAGUGGAUGAUUUAAUCCAGAUGAGUUACUUGAAUGAACCUUCAGUUCUUUACAAUCUGCAAUUGCGAUAUUCUCGCGAUCUUAUCUAUACAAAGGCAGGACCUGUUCUGAUUGCUGUCAAUCCAUUAAAAGAAGUUGCACUCUAUGGGAAGUCUGCAAUCAUGCAAUACAAGCAAAAGACCAACGAUGACCCACAUGUGUAUGCAGUUGCUGAUUUGGCAUUUAAUGAGAUGCUGCGAGAUGGCAUAAACCAAUCUAUAAUAAUAAGUGGUGAAAGUGGAGCAGGAAAAACCGAGACAGCUAAAAUUGCAAUGCAAUAUUUGUCUGAUCUCGGGGGUGCUAGUGGUACGGAGUCUGAGGUUCUUCAGACCAAUGUUAUUCUGGAAGCAUUGGGGAAUGCAAAAACAUCACGAAACCAUAACUCGAGCCGAUUUGGCAAGCUUAUUGAAAUACACUUCUCUGAAACAGGGAAAAUGUGUGGUGCUAAAAUCCAGACCUUCCUGCUUGAGAAGUCGAGGGUGGUUCAAAGGGCACAAGGAGAGAGAUCUUACCAUAUUUUCUAUCAACUAUGUUCUGGAGCUCCUCCACUUCUCAAAAAAAAGUUGUCUCUAAAAAGCGCAAGUGACUACAAUUACUUGAAGCAGAGUAAUUGCUUGAAAAUCAAUGGUGUUGACGAUUCAAAAAAAUUCACAGUGCUAGUGGAUGCAUUGGAUACAAUUCAAAUAUCUAAGGAAGACCAAAUGAAAUUAUUUUCUAUGCUUGCAGCUGUCUUGUGGCUGGGAAACAUAUCAUUCUCUGUGAUUGAUAAUGAAAACCAUGUGGAAGUUGUCUCAAACGAAGGGUUGGCUACUGCUGCAAAGCUAUUAGGCUGCACUGCAAAUCAACUAGUGUCUGCCGUGUCCACUCGUAAGAUUCGAGCUGGAAAUGACAGUAUUAUUAAAAAGCUGACAUUAACUCAGGCCAUUGACGCAAGAGAUGCACUAGCAAAGUCAAUAUACGCCAAUUUAUUUGACUGGACCGUUGAGCAAAUUAACCACACACUUGGAACGGGGAGGCAAUUUACAUGGAGAUCCAUAAGUAUCUUGGAUAUUUAUGGGUUUGAGUGUUUCAAUAAGAAUGGUUUUGAGCAAUUUUGUAUAAAUUAUGCCAAUGAGAGGCUGCAGCAGCACUUCAACCGACAUCUUUUCAAACUACAACAGGAGGAAUACUUGGAAGACGGAAUUGAUUGGACCCCCAUGGAAUUUGUGGAUAACACUAAUUGCUUAUCUCUUUUUGAAAAGAAACCUCUAGGGCUAUUGUCAUUAUUGGAUGAAGAGUCUACUUUCCCAAGGGCAACAGACUUUUCCUUUGCUAACAAGCUUAGGCAGCAAUUAAGUGGUAACUCUUGCUUCAAAGGUGAAAAAGAAGGCACAUUUAAGAUUUGCCAUUAUGCAGGGGAGGUGACAUAUGAUACAGCUGGGUUCCUGGAGAAGAACAGAGAUCCACUGCACUCUGAAUCAAUCCAACUACUAUCAUCAUGUAAAUGUGAACUUCCAAAACAUUUUGCCUCUGUCAUGGUUGCUGAUUCUCAAAAUAAAUCAAGUCUGUCAUGGCAUUCAGUAAUGGAUACACAGAAACAAAGUGUUGUCACGAAAUUUAAGGCUCAACUGUUCAAGCUGAUGCAGCAGUUGGAGAGUACAACCCCACAUUUUAUUCGAUGCAUUCAACCAAAUAGCAAACAACUUCCCAGGUUAUUCGAGCAUGAUCUUAUCUUGCACCAGCUUAAAUGCUGUGGGGUGCUUGAAGUUGUCCGGAUAUCAAGAACAUGCUAUCCAACUAGGAUCACUCACCAACAGUUUGCUGAAAGAUACGGGUUGCUUCUCUUGCGUUCGAUUGCAUCUCAAGACCCACUUAGUGUUUCAGUUGCUGUUUUGCAACAGUUGAACAUUCCCCCUGAAAUGUAUCAAGUUGGCUACACAAAAUUGUUUUUCCGUACAGGACAGGUUGCUGCACUGGAAAAUACUAAAAUACAGAUGCUUCACGGAACCCUCCGUAUUCAGAAACACUUCCGGGGUAUGCAUUCUCGUCAGGGAUAUCAACGACUCAAGAAAGUGGCAAUGAAUUUGCAAUCAUUUAUACGUGGUGAAAGAGCAAGAAUACACUUUGAUAAUCUUGUCAAGAGAUGGAGGGCAGCUGUUCUAAUACAGAAGUACACUAGGCGUCGACUUGCAGCUAACAUGUUUAAUGAUCAACUGAAUCAUAUCAUUCUUCUUCAGUCUGUGAUGCGUGGGUGCCUGGCUAGAAGGAAAUACAAGUGCCUGCAGAAUGAAAAGGAGUUAAAGGCCAGUCACAACAUAGUUCAAGGGGAAACAAGGAAGAAUAAUGCUGAGUCAAGAAUAUGCCAUGGAAUGAAUGGGCAUUAUCCUCAUGAACCAGUCAUCACUGAACUUCAGGGUCGGAUUACGAAAGCUGAGGCUGUAUUGAGGGACAAGGAAGAAGAAAAUGUGAUGCUGAAACAGCAAUUGGAACAGUAUGAGAGUAAAUGGUCAGAAUAUGAGGCCAAAAUGAAAUCUAUGGAAGAGGCAUGGAAGAGACAGCUCUCUUCUCUGCAGCUGAGCCUUGUUGCUGCUAAGAAGAGCCUAGCUGCUGCCGAUGUGGCUACUAGAACUGCUCAGACUGAUUUUACUCCAACACAUGCCCAAUACGACUCUGAAGACACGUUGUCCACUGGGACCCAUACACCCGAAGUGACAGAGUCGAGGCACCGCAACCACAACCACAACCCUGAAGCUAAAGUUUCAGCAGGAAACUCGGAUAGGCGAGUAAACGCUGUGAACCACCUAGCGAAGGAGUUUGAAGACAGACGGCAGGUGUUCGAAGACGACGCGGGCUUCCUUGUCGCAGUCAGGUCCGGCCAAGUUGGUUCAAAUACGAACCCAGACGAGGAACUCCGGAAGCUCAAGGACCGCUUUGAAACAUGGAAAAAAGACUACAAAUCUCGGCUGAAGGAUACGAAGGUAAACCUUAAUAAGGUUGGCACUGGCACCCAUGAUGAUAAAUCGCGGAAAAGAUGGUGGGGAAAGAAGAGCUCCAAGUGAAACGUGUGAGAGGUGCCCCAGAUCAUUUUUCUACUGCCCCGGGCCAAGGAAAGCGGCCAAGAAUGCCAGGGCAGACAUGAAGAACCCGCCUUGGUUCUCGCACUGCAGAAGCCUGGCAAGAUAAUGAUGAGCUCCAUCGCCGGUGGGUGGCGGCGCUGUUACUCGUCCAGAGUGUCAAACAGAUCAAAUUAGCCAAUAGGUGAAGCAAGAGUUCUGUACAUGUAUAUCAAUUAAAUUAGUUCUGAGUUUUCAGUUGACAGUGUAUGUAUGCUAUCGUGUAUGUAUGUAGAGUGAUAAAUCUGAGAUGUGGAAGGGUAACUAGAUACAGAUUAUCCACCAUGAGCGAAUAGAGAUGCAAAAAAGCAGUAUUGUAAUAUGUGUACAUACAGUAAGGAAAUUGUUGAAAUGUGCAAGGCAUUUUACUCUGAAA